UUAAGUUAUUUUCUUUAUAAUAAACAAUAUAAAAGAAUCUCACUUAUUUUAUUAUCGUCUUUAUUUUAUACAACAAAAAUCAACUAAUAUCACAACUCUUAUCUACAUGGCAACUCACACAUUAAAAAAGCGAAAAAGAACACCCAGUGAUGCAACAUGGUGUUUACGUCAUGCCCAUUCUCUUUCUUUGAAAUCCUUUGCUCGCCAUUUUGAAUUAUACGAUCGCCAAUAUUGCCAAGCGCGUUACCGAAAUAUUCUUGACAACGUCCAGCUACUGUGUGAAAGUCGCGUCAUACAAUGAUCAAAGGGCUGGGAUCGCUGUGCUCCUAUUUCUCAAAAAAGAUGUUUGGAACGAGCAGCUUAUUGCUACUUUCCUCUAUUACUCGUUCCUAAACUUUGUUCUUUCUUACCCUAACCUGUUAGUUUUAUUAGUGAAUAAUCAAUGCUUGUAUUACUCAUCCACACACAAAUGUUACAAAAUUAAAUUCAAAGUACGUUUAUUAAAGAAAAAAAAAAAAG